AAGGGUACAAGCCUCCAAAGCAGAGAGAGAGAGAGAGUAGAGAGAGAGAGAGAGAGAUCAGCGAAAGGUUAGGGUUCUGUGUCAAUGGCGGAGAGUGAUGUGAAGAGGGGGACUGUUAAGUGGUUUCAUGAUCAGAAGGGUUUUGGGUUUAUAACUCCUGAUGAUGGAAGUGAGGAUAUCUUCGUUCACCAAUCAGCUAUUAAAUCUGAGGGUUUCCGAAGUCUCGGUGAAGGAGAGACCGUGGAGUUCGUGGUGGAAUACUCCGAUGAUGGUCGGCUAAAGGCGGCGAAUGUGACGGGGCCUGAUGGUGCCCCUGUGCAAGGCAGCACCCGCGGAUCUUACGGCGGGAGAGGCGGCGGCAGCGGCAGCGGCGGAGGUGGAUUUAACGGAGGUAGCAGGGGUGGCGGCCGUUCUUAUGGAGGUGGGGGUUAUGGCGGAGGCGGAGGUGGAUACGGAGGCGGUGGCGGAUACGGAGGAGGUGGAGGCGGAUAUGGAGGAGGUGGAGGGAGUGGCUGCUUUAAGUGUGGUGAUACAGGGCAUAUGGCCAGGGAAUGUCCUCAGGGUGGCGGUGGAGGUGGUGGAAGAUAUGGCGGGGGGGGGGGCGGGGGGGGGGGGGGGGGAUGCGGCGGCGGCGGCGGCGGCGGUGGUGGGGGUUGUUAUAAGUGUGGGGAAGAAGGACACUUUGCUCGUGACUGCCCCAACGCGGAACGCUGAGCUACUCUGGUGUCGGUGAUGCUUGUUUACAUGUUUAUCAGGUGUUUGUGAUGUUUAUCGGCUGGGUUAUGUGGUUUUGCUAUUAAAGGGUUUUCUGAGAUGGUGAACCAUUUUACAUUUACUCUUCUCUGCCUUUGUCUUGUUGCGCUGUGGUCGCCUUUUUUCCUUAGGGUUUUUAAAUUUUAUAAUGAAGAUGAUGUUGCUAUGAACUCCUGCUACUAUGUGAUUAGGUCCGUCCAGUUCUGUUGAUAAGUGUAUACAUGUAUAUGGAUAUACAUGUUGUCUGCUUAGUAUCUUUCUUGAAUGAUCUUGAAUGAGUUCCUACCCUGUCCAUUAUUCUCAGAUCAAUAUCACCAGAAGAUUUUGCACACACAUUAUUAAGGAUGAGAGGAUCCAUGAAUUCAAU